UUUUCAAGAGCCUAUCUUCUCACCAACGAUUCUGGAAGUUUAGUUCCUGAUUAGUGCUAAUCACACCUCAAUCUAGCUUCCUCUGUUUUCCUUCACAUCUCCUCCUCUCUCAGUGCCCAUCACAGAGCUCGCUCUCAACUUCAAGAUCCCAAUCCUUGCCUUCAUGUUACUCAAAUCUCCAAAAAAAAAGAGCUUGAAGUAUCAGAUUAACAGAAAACCUUGCCGUUUCUCCCUCACUUCCUCAGUUCCUGCAUUCUGCAAAAUUAUUCAUCUUGUUGCUCACUAUAAUUGUCAAGAUUCAUUUCUUGUUAAUUCAGUGUCUGCAGUAAGAAUCAUUCUCAGAUCAGAGGUUAGUUAAGCUAAUUAUUUAAUUUUUUCCGUAGCCUCUUUCCUCUGUUUUUGCAGACCCUUUGUCUAUUUUCUGUCAAGAUCUAGUCUUUUGUUGAAUUUUGCUGCCUUUUUUGAUUUAUGACUUCAAUUUGAUUCAUUUUGGAAAAAGGGUUUUGCUCCAAUGAAGGAAUUAAACUCAGCAAGUGACCCAAUUGGGCAAAACCUAAUAAAAUUCAUAAGCAAUGUGUGUUUUUCAGUUUUUGUAUUCUCAGUUCUCAUAGUUACCGUAAUUGCAAUAACAUACCAGCCCCCUGAUCCAUGGGAGUCCUCCAGAGCCCUCACUAAGGUUUUUACACAAGUUGAAAACGCCACUUUUAAAACUGAUACUUCUGUACUUAAAACUGGUGAGGAUAUUGCUGAGUCUCCAAGAUUAGCUCCUGCGGGGGCAAGUGUAUCUAUUACUGAUGAUGUGAUUGAGAGAACUGAAGCGGAUCUUAAAAAUGUGAGCUUGAAAUCUGGUUGUGAAGAUACAGGUGUCAUAAAUUGCUCAGAUCCUAGGGUGUUGAUAACUAUAGAGAGGUUCAACUUGAGGGCCUUUAGGUCCCUUGCAUUUUUAGAUUAUCAACAUCCUGUUAACGGUUCGGCGCCUAAUGAGUGUGAUGUAGCGUGGAGGUUUAGAAAUAAGAAGGAGAAAUCUUGGAGGAAGUAUAGGGAUUUCAGAAGGUUUACCAUUGGGUUCAAGGAUGAUUGCAGUUAUAAGGUGAUCCAUGCAGGGCGUUGGCACUCAGGUUUGAAUGCCCGCCGUCCUAGGAUUCGAACAAAUGCCACUAGAAAUGGUCCGAGAAACAAAACUGCUCCUGUUGUUAGAGAUGAUGAAAUAAAUGAUACGCUUCCGGUGUUAGGAUCAGAUUUGGCAUUUAGAAAUGGGAGAUACCUGUAUUAUUCACAUGGUGGGGAUUAUUGUAAAGGAAUGAAUCAUUACCUAUGGAGCUUUUUGUGCGCUUUAGGUGAGGCUCAGUAUCUGAAUAGGACAUUUGUGAUGGAUUUGAGUAUUUGUUUGUCCUCCUCUUACACUCAGAGUCAUAGGGAUGAGGAGGGAAAAGAUUUUAGGUUCUACUUUGAUUUUGAGCAUUUGAAGGAGACGGCAUCAGUUGUGGAUGAGGAGGAGUUCCAUAAAGAUUGGAAGAGAUGGGAUAAAACACAUAAAAAGAAAAUCCCUGUGAGAAAGGUUGCAGAUUAUAAAGUUACACCAAUGCAGUUGAAAAAAGAUAAGAGCACUAUUAUAUUGCGGCAAUUUGAUGCUCCUGAGCCGGACAACUACUGGUAUCGGGUCUGUGAAGGUCCAGCAGCUAAAUACAUCCAGAGGCCCUGGCAUGCACUUUGGAAAUCAAAGAGACUAAUGAAUAUAGUUACGGCAAUUAGUGGGAGCAUGGACUGGGACUAUGAUGCAGUUCAUGUCAUUCGAGGAGAGAAGGCACAGAAUAAGGAACUAUGGGCUCAUCUUGAUGCUGACACAUCUCCGGAGGCGCUUGUUCAAAAACUGCAAACAGCAGUUAUGCCUUGGAGGCAUUUGUAUGUUGCUACUAAUGAACCAUUUUACAGUUACUUUGAUAAGCUGAGAUCUCAUUACAAGGUUCAUUUGCUUGAUGACUACAAGGAAAUGUGGGGAAAUACCAGUGAAUGGUACAAUGACACAAGGCUUUUGAAUGGUGGGCGCCCAGUUGAGUUUGAUGGAUAUAUGAGAGUUGAGGUGGACACUGAAGUCCUUUACAGGGCAAAGACUAGGGUUGAAACGUUCUAUAACUUGACAAAAGAUUGCAAGGAUGGAAUCAAUACUUGCUGAACCAGUUGGAAAUCUCUGCCAUCGCAGAAUCCUGAACAGGUUGGAUAGAAUCUUUAUUUUUUUCUAGACUUCAGCUCAAAACAUCUUUUGCCUGUAUCACCUUUUGUAUUUUGUCUUGAAAGAGUAUACUGAGUUUAUUUCAGGGUGCUGUUGAUUCUACUCAUUCAUGGUACAUUAUUGUAUUGAUUGACCGUCACUUGGUCUUAUCAUGUAUCUGUAUGAUAGAUAGGUUUAUUUCACAGCUGUCAUUCUCGUGUAAUCUGCUUCAAUCCACAACUCGUUUUUUGUUUGCUUUA